UGUCACUUUCGAGAAGAGCGUUGUCGCGUGAAGGUUCGAUCUUUGCCUUACCUCUAUCAGUAAGGCUGGCUUCACCAUGGUGAACAACCAGUCCCUUGAUGGGCAAGAUUCGCCAGAUGUUUCUGAAGUUGGAGACACUGGUCUCCUGGGAAAACCGGACCCCUUCAUCAUCAGUGUAAUUGUUGUCGCCAGCAUCCUCUUCUUAGUCAUUGUUGCCAUCGUUUCGGUAAUGAUUUCAAGUAUUAGAAAGAAGGCCCCGACUGUAGAAAAGCGCUCAAAGAAAUACGCGCCGGGCUCGGCCAAGCGACACUAUCUCGCUUCACCCGAAAAUAAGACAUAUCUUCUGAAGAAGUACAAGUGCAUACCGAUUCGCAGGUUGGAUGAAAAGACAGUUCCAGCAAGAAAUAUUAAUCCAAUCUACGAUUGCAAUUCCAAUACAUCAGUUCUCGACCCAACCCCAGUCAAACACAACGACAAGGCCUUGCUUGUUGCGGCCAACGGUGGAAGCCCUGUGGAUGGGUUGGCAGUCCCGAUGGAUACUCUCGCGUCGCAUUCCAUCACGAGCGAUCUCGUGGCAGAGCUAAAAGACUUCCAGCAGAUGCACAAAGUGGACAAAUCACCCUUGUAGACCAUGAGGAUUUGGGAUGCUGGCAAUCCCGCGGUUGCAAUAAACACAGUGUGUGCAAUUUUGGUGAUGGUGAUGUCCCUCAAGUUCGUCGAGUGAUUUAUACCUCCUUUAUCAUUGUCACGCCCAAUCUUCCCGCAAAAUACCAGUAGGCCUAUAGGCCUAUAAUUCUGGAUAUUGGCGUGACUCGCUGCUGCUUCGUUGAUUGAAGUGUUUCAUUGAACCAGGGUCUUUCAAUAUAAAAUAUUCUGAUUGUACUAACGUUUGUGUUUCGUGAUGCACCCUUGACGACACACGAUCGUCUGCCUCAAAAUGUAAUACGACAUAUAUAAAUUAAACGACGAUGUAGUAGUUCAAUGUAUUUUCCUCUGAGAUACCGUAUUGUGUUCCAAGUUGUACAAGUUAAU